AUUGCAAAUAUAUGAUUCCUGUUCACAAUUAAUCAUAGUUUCACUUUAAAUUUCUUACUGUUUUUCUUUUUGCAGCUGAAUGGCAUUAAAAUGGUGGAUGAACCUAUGGAGGAAGGAGAACCAUAUUCCUAUAAUGAUGAAGGAUGUGUAAAAGAGAUACCUAUUACCCACCAUGUGAAAGAAGGAUGUGAAAAAGCAGACCCUGCACAAUUUGAAUUACUUAAAGUCCUUGGUCAGGGAUCAUUUGGAAAGGUUUUUCUUGUGAGGAAAAUUAUAGGUCCUGAUGCUGGACAGCUGUAUGCAAUGAAAGUUCUGAAGAAAGCUUCUUUGAAAGUUCGAGAUAGAGUUCGUACAAAGAUGGAGAGAGAUAUAUUAGUAGAAGUUAAUCAUCCAUUUAUUGUCAAGCUGCACUAUGCCUUUCAGACUGAAGGGAAGCUAUAUUUAAUAUUGGAUUUUCUCAGGGGAGGAGAUGUGUUCACAAGAUUAUCCAAAGAGGUUAUGUUUACAGAGGAAGAUGUGAAAUUCUACCUCGCAGAACUGGCUCUUGCUUUGGAUCAUCUGCACAGCUUGGGGAUUGUAUACAGGGACCUGAAGCCAGAAAACAUUUUGCUUGAUGAAGCAGGACAUAUCAAGUUAACAGUUUUAGACUUUGGCCUCAGCAAAGAAUCCGUCGAUCAAGAAAAGAAGGCCUAUUCUUUCUGUGGUACUGUGGAGUACAUGGCACCUGAAGUUGUAAACAGGAGAGGCCAUAACCAGAGUGCUGAUUGGUGGUCAUUUGGGGUUCUUAUGUUUGAAAUGCUUACUGGUACACUGCCAUUUCAAGGCAAAGAUCGCAAUGAAACCAUGAAUAUGAUACUCAAAGCAAAACUUGGAAUGCCGCAGUUUCUAAGCCCUGAAGCUCAAAGUCUUCUGAGAAUGCUGUUUAAAAGAAAUCCUUCCAAUAGGUUAGGAGCUGGUCCUGAUGGGGUUGAAGAAAUUAAGAGGCAUCCCUUUUUUUCUACCAUUGACUGGAAUAAAUUAUACAGGAGAGAGAUUCAGCCCCCAUUUAAGCCUGCUUCUGGGAAACCUGAAGACACGUUUUGUUUUGAUCCAGAAUUCACAGCAAAAACACCAAAAGAUUCUCCAGGAGUUCCACCUAGUGCUAAUGCACAUCAGCUCUUCAAAGGCUUUAGCUUUGUUGCAGCUGCUGCCAUAGAAGACCACAAAAUCUCCCCCCUCAACAACAUAUUGCCAAUAGUACAGCAACUUCAUGGAAACAGUGCACUAUUCACAGAUGCAUAUGAGCUUAAAGAGGACAUUGGUGUUGGGUCCUACUCUGUGUGCAAGCGAUGUAUCCACAUAGCUUCAAAUAUGGAGUUUGCUGUGAAGAUCAUUGAUAAAAGUAAGAGAGAUCCCUCUGAAGAAAUUGAGAUUUUGAUGCGCUAUGGACAGCACCCCAAUAUUAUUACUUUAAAAGAUGUGUAUGAUGAUGGUAAAUAUAUCUACCUUGUCACUGAACUGAUGAAGGGAGGUGAGCUGCUUGAUCGUAUUCUCAGACAAAAGUAUUUCUGUGAACGGGAAGCAAGUGCUGUGUUGUACACUAUCACCAAAACAGUUGACUAUCUUCACUGUCAAGGAGUAGUGCAUCGAGACCUUAAGCCCAGUAAUAUCUUGUAUAUGGAUGACUCUAAUAAUGCUGACUCUAUCAGAAUUUGUGAUUUUGGUUUUGCCAAACAACUUCGGGGGGAGAAUGGGCUUCUCUUAACACCUUGCUACACUGCCAACUUUGUAGCACCAGAGGUUCUCAUGAGACAGGGAUAUGAUGCUGCUUGCGAUAUAUGGAGUUUGGGUGUCCUCCUUUAUACAAUGUUGGCUGGGUAUACUCCUUUUGCCAAUGGCCCCAAUGAUACCCCUGAGGAAAUCUUGCUACGAAUAGGAAGUGGAAAAUUUUCUUUAAGCGGAGGCAACUGGGACACAGUUUCAGAUGCAGCAAAGGAUUUGCUAUCUCACAUGCUACACGUAGACCCACAUCAGCGAUACACUGCAGAGCAAGUUCUCAAGCAUUCAUGGAUAACCUGUAGGGAUCAGUUGCCACACUAUCAGCUGAACAGGCAAGAUGCACCACAUCUAGUAAAGGGGGCCAUGGCUGCCACAUAUUCUGCACUGAAUCACAAGACAUUUCAGCCUGUGUUAGAGCCUGUCGCAGCUUCCAGCUUAGCUCAACGGCGAAGCAUGAAAAAGCUAAUGUCAACAGACUUAUAGAUCCACUGGGAGCACUUAGCCAAAGUGGAACAAGGGGAAAAAAUCCAAUAAGUGGCUCAGUAUCUGCCUGGCCUGUGAUUUAAAAGGCAUAUACAAGUUUCUCCUACACUACUUGAAUUCUGUUGAAAGGGGAUGGGGGGAAGGACACAGGUCCAGGGGGGAUUCAUAACGUGUUCUACAGGAAGUGUUGGUGGUUCAUCAAAGCAAAACAUCAGGGUGCAUCGCAGAGAUCAUGAGGAAUUUCUAUAUGCUGUCCUUUUCAGAAAUCCGCUGGAUUAUGUUAAUAGUUUUUAAUAUUGUAUAUUUUUCCCAAUUCCUAAAGAAAUGGUUUAGGGGACCAUUAACAAUGCUUGAGCUGUAAAUUUAAGAGA